CCGGGUGGUACUGAUGGUGAUUGUAUAUAGUUUGAUAGAGGUCCUCCUUGGAGAUUGCAUUUUCACCUACGUCUCAUCGGACAGCUAGCAUCGUAUUGUCUCUUAAGUGCUCAAAACAGUUGAAUACCUUUUUGGGGAAGCCUGCCCCCCAAGUGGCUAUCAUGGGGGACGAUAGUGAGUGGAUGAAGCUUCCCAUCGACCAGAAAUGUGAACAUAAGGUUUGGAAAGCUCGUUUGAAUGGUUAUGAAGACGCUCUGCAGUUGUUCCAGAGGAUAGAUGAUGAGAAGAGUUCAGAGUGGGGGAAGUUCCUUGGUCUGAUCAAGAAGUUUGUCACCGAUUCAAAUGCAAUUGCUCAGCUUAAAGGCCUCGAGGCGGCCCUGGCCUAUGUUGAGAAUGCCCAUGUUGCUGGGAAGACAACGAGUGAUGUCGUGUCUGGGGUGGUGACCAAAGUAUUUAACCAGCCGAAGGCCCGUGCUAAGGAACUGGGCUCAGACAUCUGCCUGAUGUAUAUUGAAAUAGAAAAGGCUGAGGUGGUGCAGGAUGAGCUGCUAAAAGGACUGGACAACAAAAACCCCAAGAUAGUUGUGGCAUGUAUUGAGACUCUCAGGAAGGCUCUAAGUGAGUUUGGAUCGAAGAUAGUGACUUUAAAGCCUGUGGUGAAGGUUUUACCCAAGCAAUUUGAGUCUAGAGAGAAGGCGGUGAGAGAUGAAGCCAAGCUGCUUGCUGUAGAAAUAUACAAAUGGAUCCGAGAUGCUUUGAAACCUUCCCUACAGAAUAUUAACUCCGUACUGCUGAAGGAGCUUGAAGAAGAGUGGGUGAAGAUUCCUCCGACCCCACCGAAGCAGAGCCGGUUUCUGCGCUCCCAGCAUGACCUGAGGGCAAAGUUUCAACAGCAACAAGCACAAGGAGAACAGUCUGAUGGAGAAGACGAGGAGGAAACUGUGGCCGCAGUAGAUCCUUAUGAGCUACUGGAAGCCGUGGAUAUUCUUUCUAAGUUGCCCAAAGACCUUUAUGAGAAAAUUGAAGCCAAAAAAUGGCAAGAGCGGAAAGAAGCUCUUGAGGCAGUUGAAGCUCUAACAAAGAACCCAAAACUAGAGGGUGGGGACUAUGGAGAUCUUGUUAGAGCACUCAAAAAGGUUGUGGGUAAAGAUGCCAAUGUCAUGCUGGUUUCAAUGGCAGCUAAAUGCUUGGCUGGACUGGCCUCCGGUCUCAGAAAGAAGUUUGGAACAUAUGCAGGACAUGUUGUUCCAACUAUUCUGGAGAAGUUCAAAGAGAAAAAGCCUCAGGUUGUCCAGGCCCUGCAAGAUGCCAUUGAUGCCAUCUUUCUCACUACUACGUUGCAGAAUUUGUCAGAGGACAUCCUGGCUGUGAUGGAUAAUAAAAACCCUUCUAUAAAGCAGCAAGCCUCUCUGUUUUUGGCCCGCUCCUUCAGACACUGCACUCAGGUCACACUGCCCAAGGGUGUUCUCAAACCCUUCUGUGCUGCGCUCAUCAAGCAAGUGAAUGACUCUGCUCCAGAGGUGCGUGAUGCUGCCUUUGAAGCUUUGGGGACUGCCAUGAAAGUAGUGGGCGAGAAAGCAGUGAACCCAUACCUAGCUGAUUUGGAUAAACUCAAACUUGACAAGAUAAAAGAGUGUGCUGAUAAAGUUGAGCUUCCUGGAGGGAAGAAAAGUUCUGGAGGGGGAGAUAAGAAGCCAGCGGCUAAAGCACCACCCCCUGCUGAAGCCCCAUCUAAGUCCUCUGCCCCACCCAAGAAGACACCAGGUGCAACCUCCUGCAAGUCUGCUGGUCCACCGAAGAAAGGCAAAGCUGCCUCCGCUGCACCUGGGAAACCAAAGAAGACCACAGACAGUAAAGAAUUAACAGAAAGUGAACUGUCAGCUGAGGUUUGUGAAGAACAGGCAGCCAGCGUACUUCCUUCAUCCUGCAUUCAACAGCUGGACUCUGCUAACUGGAAGGAGAGACUUGCCAGUAUGGAAGAAUUUCAAAAGGCUGUUGAGACGAUGGAUACAACGACAAUGCCAUGUCAGGCCUUAGUCAGGAUGUUGGCCAAGAAACCAGGCUGGAAAGAAACAAACUUUCAGGUCAUGCAGAUGAAGCUCCAUAUUGUGGCUCUUAUUGCUCAGAGAGGGCAGUUUUCAAAGACGUCAGCCUCUGUGGUUUUGGAUGGCUUGGUAGAUAAGGUUGGAGAUAUCAAAUGUGGGGGAAAAGCCAAGGAGGGAAUGACUGCAAUUGGGGAGGCCUGCUCGCUACCCUGGACUGCUGAACAGGUUGUAUCAUUGGCGUUUGCACAAAAGAAUCCAAAGAACCAAGCAGAGACUCUUAACUGGUUGGCUAAUGCCAUGAAGGAGUUUGGCUUUGCUGGUAUCAAUGUAAAAGGUUUUAUCAACAAUGUCAAGACCGCCCUGGGAGCGACUAACCCAGCUGUAAGGACCGCUGCUAUUACCCUGCUGGGAGUUAUGCAUCUCUACAUGGGAGCACCACUCCGCAUGUUUUUUGAGGAUGAGAAACCAGCUCUCCUGGCACAAAUAGAUACUGAGUUAGAGAAGAUGCAAGGUCAAUCACCUCCAGCUCCAACAAGAUUCACCAAGAAGACAAGGAAUGAGGAAGAAGGGGACAAUGUAGAGGAGCAAGAAGAAAUAGAUGGAGGAGGACAGGACAUUAUGGACUUGCUGCCCAGAACAGAUAUUAGUGACAAAGUCACUUCUGACUUGGUUUCUAAAAUUGGGGAUAAGAACUGGAAGAUCAGAAAAGAGGGUCUUGAUGAAGUUGCAGCUAUCAUUUCAGAAGCUAAAUUUGUCACAGCCAACAUAGGAGAGCUCCCUCUGGCCUUGAAAGGACGACUUGGUGAUUCCAACAAGAUCUUGGUCCAGCAGAGCCUGACCAUCCUGCAGCAGCUGGCCACAGCCAUGGGGCCUGGACUUAAACAGCAUGUGAAAAUACUGGGAUUUCCCAUCAUGACAGUGCUUGGAGACAGUAAGCCAAAUGUCAGGACAGCUGCUAUGGCCACACUGCAGUCCUGGGUGGAGCAGACUGGGAUGAAGGAAUGGCUAGAAGGGGAGGAGCUAUCAGAGGAGUUAAAGAGGGAGAAUCCCUUCCAGCGACAAGAGAUAUUAGGCUGGCUGGCUGAGAAGCUACCCACCUUGAGGACUGUACCUGGGGAUCUGAUGUUAUGCGUGCCCCAUCUGUAUGCCUGCCUGGAAGACAGAAAUGGAGAUGUGCGGAAGAAAGCUCAGGACGCUGUACCCACAUUUAUGAUGCACCUUGGCUAUGACAAAAUGAACAAAGCUGCUGGCAAAGUCAAGCCGGCUUCAAAGGACCAAGUGGUAGCCGUUUUAGAAAAGGCCAGAGCAGUGGUGCCAGCUAAACCUGCCGCUCCUGCCAAAACUGGAGGAGCAAAAGGCGAGACAAGUAGAUCUGCUUCAGCCUCCAGGUCUCAACCAUCCGUUGAGGAGUUUGUCGAUAAUAAACCUGAACCUAAAAAGGUCAAAGGGGGAUUAGCUGCCAAGAAGCAACCCUCUGCCCCUGAGGAACCUGACCCUUCCCCUCUCUCCAAGGACAAGGACAUUAUUGCUAGUAAAAAGCCCCUCAACAAAGGGAAGACUGCUGCUGGCAGUCAACAGAGUGUUUCUAAUAAGAAGCCUGCAGCCAAAGGCAUGAAAGAUGAUGAUGAUAGGUCUGGACCCCUCUUUGUCCUUAUCCCCAAUGCUAAGGAGCAGAGGAUCAAAGAGGAGAAACAACUGAAGAUCUUGAAGUGGAACUUCAUCACUCCUCGAGAUGAGUAUGUGGAGCAGCUUAAAACUCAGAUGUCUACCUGCUUUGCCAAGUGGCUUCAGGAUGAGCUCUUCCACAUGGACUUCCAGAGACAUGUUAAGGCCAUUAGCGUCAUGAUUGAGAGGUUGGAGAAUGAGAGUGAUGCCACCAUAAGCUGUCUGGACCUGAUUCUCAAGUGGUUCACUCUGCGCUUCUUUGACACAAACACCACAGUCCUGAUGAAGGUGCUGGAGUAUUUGAAGCUAUUAUUUGCCAUGCUCAACAGAGAGAACUAUCAUCUCACAGAGUAUGAGGCAAACUCAUUCAUUCCCUACCUUAUACUCAAGGUUGGCGAGUCAAAGGAUGUGGUUCGUAAAGAUGUUCGGGCAAUACUCACCAUGCUGUGUAAGGUUUACCCUGCCUCCAAGGUCUUCCCUUAUCUCAUGGAUGGUACAAAGUCCAAAAACUCCAAACAAAGAGCUGAAUGUCUGGAAGAGUUGGGUUGUUUGAUAGAAGGCUAUGGAAUGAAUGUAUGCCAACCAACUCCAGCCAAGUCUCUAAAAGAGAUUGCAGUUCAUAUUGGUGAUAGAGACACAUCUGUCCGCAAUGCUGCCCUGAACACAGUAGUGGCUGUCUACAAUGUCUGUGGAGACCAAGUCUAUAAACUCAUUGGAAAUUUAUCAGAGAAAGAUAUGAGCAUGUUGGAGGAGAGGAUCAAGCGUUCUUCAGCAAAGAAGACUGCUGCUGCUCCAGCUAAGCAGAGUGCUACUGAAAGGUCUCAAAGAGAUCACCCAGUUAACCCCAAUGGCACUUUCCUACGCAGGUCUACUCCACAGGAAGACCCCAACAAACUCAAAAUUAUGUAUCGCACUUAUAGGAUCCAAGCCCGUCAGAAUGCCCAGCACAGCGAGUCCUCUCACAUGCCUAUUCCCAAAGAGUUCCAGUUAGACCUGGACAUGAUUGAGACAGACCACAGCAGAGUGGGUGAGCUGCCAGACCUCGUCCAACACAAGCUAGAUGAGCUUCUGGAGCCUUUUGUCAUUCCUGAGCCCAAGAUGCGUGCCGUCUCCCCACACUUUGAUGACCUCCACAACAGCACAGCUUCCACGAUAAACUUUGUUAUCUCUCAAGUGGCCAGCGGGGACAUCAACACAAGCAUACAAGCACUUGCACAGAUUGACGAGGUGUUGUGGCAAGAGAACAAAGCAGAGGUCAUGUCAGGACACAUAGACCAGUUCCUCAUUGCUACCUUCAUGCAGCUCAGGCUCAUCUAUAAUACCCACAUGGCUGAUGACAGGCUGGACAAGAAGGACAUAUUUAAAUUAUAUAGCUGCAUCCUCGGCAACAUGCUGUCUUUGUUCUCUUUGGAGUCUUUGGCGAGAGAGGCUUCCAUGGGUGUGUUGAAGGACCUGAUGCAUGGUCUCAUAACACUGAUGCUGGACAGCAGGGUGGAGGACAUAGAAGAAGGGCAGCAGGUCAUCAGAUCUGUCAACUUGGUCGUAGUCAGAGUCCUGGAAAAGUCUGACCAGACCAACAUUACCAGCGCCCUGCUGGUGAUGCUUCAAGACACUUUGGUCUCAACAGCAGGGUCUCCCAUGUUCUCUGAACUCGUGAUGAAGUGCCUGUGGAGGCUUAUCCGCCACCUCCCGGAAACCAUCAACAGUAUCAACCUUGAUCGGAUUUUAUUCGACGUCCACAACAUCAUGAAGGUUUUCCCCAAAGAAAAACGGAAGCAACUGAAGAGUGAUGUCCCACACCGAACCCUCAAGACUCUCUUACAUACCCUCUGCAAGCUUACGGGAGCUCAGAUCCUGGACCACCUGUCCAUGAUUGAGAACCGGAAUGAGUCUGAAUUAGAGGCCCAUUUGAGGCGGGUUGUCAAACACGCUGGUAACCUGUCAGGCAGCAAGAGUGACCGCGGUAAUGAGAAGACUGGUCUGCACACGGAGGAUCGGUUGUCAAAGGCAAAGGUCAGUGACAUUCUGUCCGAAAUCUUCAAGAAGAUUGGCUCAAAGGAGAACACCAAGGAGGGGCUAACAGAGCUGUACGAGUACAAACAAAAGUAUACAGAUGUGGACCUGGAACCAUUCCUCAAGAACUCGUCCCCAUUCUUCCAAAGCUACGUGGAGCGAGGACUUCGAAUGAUUGAGUCAGAGCGAGAGGGCAAACCUCGCAUCCAGAACCCAACAGUGAUUGCACAGCACGGUGCUGACAACACUCUGAGUGGAAACAAUGAAGAUCUAAAGCCUGCUAUGUACUACGAGAGACUCAAGAUCCUCCGUCAGAGACAAGGCCUGGAAAACACCUCUAGAGGUGUUAGCGGAAGUGACGAUGAGGCCAAACGAGCCCCCAUCUCCUCCCUGCUGUCUUCCAAGCCAUCGGUGGCCUCUUCCACCGACAUGCUCCAAAGCAAGCUCUCGCAGCUCAAAGAGUCCCGAGAGCUCUGCCAGCAGGAACACAACAACGCUCAGUCCCGCUCCCCGUCACACGCGCACACCCGCUCGGCCUCGCCAGCAGGCAACCUGGAUGACCUGAAGAAACGUCUGGAGCGCAUCAAGAGCAACAGGCAGUAGGAGCAACACUUCCCUGUUGUAGUUGUAGAGCCCUACUGGUGAAAAGCAGCCUCCUCCAGUUACAGCACAUUGUGUGUUUCCUCUUCCUGCUCUGGCUUGAUGGACUGAAGAAGCUCUUGGAACCUAAACACAACUCUUCCCUCUAUAUGAAAACAGUAACGGAUGUUCAAGUAGUCAAAAAUCAAACAUGUUUGGCUUCCUUGUAGUUUGGUGCGUUCGGAAUGAGCCAUGACUCAAAUUCAGUCCACACCCCUAGCUCCACCCCUUCCUCGUACUAACACACAUCUUUCUCUCACUGUGUGAUGCCUAAAAUCUUUCUUUUCUUUGUUAUGUCAAAUUACAAUGUGUGUAAAUAUUUCAAGGUCAUUAACAGCAUAAGUCAUUCGUUGGUUCAAGAUAAACAGUUUCCUGCUAUGUGUUUGUGGAGAUACUUGAUAUUAGACUACACGGUUGUGAUUGCUGUUCAGAUGCCGCUUGUGACUGUCCCCUUGUGGCCAAACACUGUCAAGACCUACAGGAACUUGUGUGGUGAUCUGAAGUUGUUUUUGCGUUGACGCCACUUGAAGGAACAUGGCUUUUACCCGCAGGGUGAUGACACAUGCCAAAAGGGCUUUGAAAUUCAGUUAAUUGGGUUUAAGUGUCUUGAUUUCAACUUCUGACCCGAAAUCUAUAGUAUCUAUGUAAUGUUUCACAGAGUGGCUGUAAAUAUUGUAUGUAAUGUCCUCAUUUAACACCCAGACAAGUUAUUUUGGAAAAUGAGUCCAGAGGCAAUGUGUGCGCCACUGUAAAGCUGUGUGUUCAGCUCUUCAUCCCAUUUGAGGAUGUUUUCUUGGCCCUGGUUGGAGAGAGCAUGGCAUGGUGUCAGUGAUUUGUAUUUUCCCAUGUAAAUAACAUUUGCUUUGGUAAACCCACUGCUUAAUUGCAACAAUGUUAUUUUGUAGGGCUUCUUUUGAAGAUUAAAGUGAUUAUAUUUGUUCUGUAGCUGAACGUUGAACCUCUGCAACAAAUAACAUUUUGUUUUUGUAUUUAAUUACAAUUUUGGUCAUCUCUUAACGUUGUCUUGCGCCAUUGUUCCUUGCAUAAUCCGUGGGGGGGGGGAUGGCAAUAAAGUGAUGUUUUUUUUUUAUUUUAAAUGAUACUGUGUUUGAGUCUUACAUCAUUUCAAGUGUGCAGGAAUUAAACUCCUAACUUCAUUUCAUAUACGUCACGGCUGUCCAAACUUUUUCCACCGAGGGCCACAUUCUGAAAGCUGAAAGGAUGUAAGGGCCACUUUGAUAUUUUGUAAACCAACACAGAGAGAUAUGCUAAGAAGCUAUAUGGAGCUCAAGAAAAACUGCAUUUCAGCUUUUUUAAUGUAGGUGAAAUGUUACUAAAAAUGAUGUGGUUUUUUUUUCCAUAAUAUAAGUUUAUUCUUGUAAAAUUGCUACUUUUGUUCUUUCGAUUAUGACUGUUUUUCAUAAUAUUUUGACUUUAUUCCUGUAAAAUU